AUGACGACUGCGGAGGAAUGGAACGCGGCAUUUGACGCCCGUCCGGUACACGAAUACCUGGAAAGCACCGUCGCACAGUUCGGCGACCGGCCGGCUGCCGAUUUCAUGGGCAAGGUCUGGACCUAUUCCGAACUCGGUGACCUUGUGGACAGCACGGCCGCGGGCCUUCAGGCUAUGGGUGUCGGACCGGGCGUGCAUGUAGGGCUUUGCCUUCCAAAUACGCCCUAUUACACGAUCUUCUACUUCGCGAUCCUGAAGAUCGGCGGCACGGUCGCCAACUUCAAUCCGCUCUAUGUCGAACGUGAAAUUGCCUUUCAGGCGCGCGAUGCCGAUGUGCGCAUCAUGGUGACGAUGGAUCUGAAGGUGAUCUACGACAAGGUCGAGGAAGUCCGGAAGGAAAAGAUCCUCGACAAGAUCAUCGUGUGCCCGAUGACGUUUUGUCUUCCCACGAUCAAGAAGGUGCUUUUCAGCCUCUUCAAGCGCAAGGAACUGGCGGACAUUCCACGCGAUGAGGCGCAUGUGUGGUUCGAUGAGCUCCAGACCAGGGGGAACAGUCCGAAGCCGGUCGAGAUCGAUCCCCAUGACGAUAUCGCCGUGCUUCAGUAUACCGGUGGCACAACAGGUGUUCCCAAGGGUGCAAUGCUGACGCAUCAGAAUCUGUCGGCCAAUAUCGAGCAAAUGCGCUGCGUCUUCGAAAAAGCGCGUCUCGGUGAAGAAAAGAUGCUGUGCGUGUUGCCGUUCUUUCACGUCUUCGCCAUGACGGUUGCCCAGAACCUUUCAAUUAUUCUGGGUGCAGAAAUGGUCCUGCAGCCGCGCUUUGAACUGAAAGCACUGCUUGAAGCCGUCAAGCGCAAGCAGGUGACACUGUUUCCGGGCGUACCAACGCUUUAUACCGCGAUCAACAAUUCUCCGAUGACUGCGAACUACGACCUGUCGAGCAUUUCGCUGUGUCUUUCGGGUGGUGCGCCGCUGCCCGUGGAAGUGAAGGAAAGUUUUGAAAAACUGACGGGCUGCGUGUUGGUUGAAGGCUAUGGCCUGACCGAGUCCUCACCGGUCGCGGCGGUCAACCCGCUCGACGAGAACCGGCGCGCGGGUUCCAUCGGCCGUCUUGUGCCGGGCACCAGCGCCCGGUUUGUCAGCAUCGAAGACCGGACGACCGAGGUCGCCGCAGGCGAGAAGGGCGAACUCCUGCUUCACGGACCGCAGAUCAUGAAGGGUUACUGGAAGCGGGAAGACGCUACGGCGGACACGAUUACCGCCGAGGGCUACCUGCAUACCGGCGAUGUCGGCUAUCAGGAUGACGAGGGCUUCAUUUAUCUGGUCGACCGGAUCAAGGACCUGAUCCUGUGUUCGGGUUACAACGUCUAUCCGCGUGUCAUCGAGGAAGCGAUCUACCAGAACGAAGCGGUGGACGAGACGAUCGUCAUCGCGAUCCCGGACGAAUAUCGCGGUCAGUCUCCCAAGGCUUUCAUCAAGCUUAAGGAGGGCCAUUCCAUGACAGGUGAAGACAUGAAGACAUUCCUGAAAGAACAUCUGUCUUCCAUUGAAAUGCCACGUGAAUUCGAGUUCCGGGAUGAACUUCCCAAGACGAUGGUCGGCAAACUUUCCAAGAAGGAACUGGUGGAGGAAGAGGCGCAGAAACGGGCGCAAUCCGAAGCGCAAAGCGCCUGA